CUGAUGAAUCGCCGCCAUUUUCGGAGGCUGACACAGGGAGGGCUGCUGGUUACUGAGUACCUGGAGCAGCGGGACUGAGCACGGACAGGUUGUGUUUCUCCCUCCCAAAAGAGUCUGUGUCUGCAGGUUGGUGAAUAAACAUCCAGGUGGUCAGCGGGUCCUUCCGUUUGUGUGUGACGUAGUCAUACCGCAUCAUGAACGUCACAAAGGGUGGCCUUGUUCUCUUCUCCGCCAAUUCCAAUGCAUCUUGUGUAGAGCUAGCAAAGAAAAUUGGCGAACGUCUAGGAAUCGAACUAGGCAAAGUUCAGGUAUACCAGGAGCCAAACAGAGAAACACGCGUUCAGAUUCAAGAGUCUGUGCGAGGGAAGGAUGUAUUUAUCAUCCAGACUAUUUCCAAGGAUGUGAAUACCACAAUCAUGGAACUUCUUAUUAUGGUGUAUGCAUGCCGGACCUCUUGCGCUAAGACAAUUAGUGGCGUCAUCCCUUACUUCCCCUACAGCAAGCAGUGCAAGAUGAGGAAAAGAGGCUCCAUUGUGUCGAAGUUACUAGCUUCCAUGAUGUGCAAAGCUGGCUUGACACAUCUCAUAACCAUGGACCUGCAUCAAAAGGAAAUUCAAGGCUUCUUCAAUAUUCCUGUUGAUAAUUUAAGAGCAUCACCAUUCCUUUUACAAUACAUUCAAGAAGAGAUACCUGAUUACAGAAAUGCAGUAAUAGUGGCCAAAUCCCCUUCAUCAGCAAAGAGAGCCCAGUCUUUUGCUGAAAGGUUACGACUGGGAAUCGCUGUGAUUCACGGUGAAGCGCAGGACGCAGAAUCCGAUUUAGUUGAUGGGCGGCAUUCACCGCCUGCUGCUAAAGGAGUAACUGCUCCUGGAAUACACCCAACAUUGGAGAUUCCAUUGAUGUUUCCAAAGGAGAAACCCCCUAUUACUGUGGUUGGAGAUGUUGGAGGAAGAAUAGCAAUCAUUGUGGAUGACAUCAUCGAUGAUGUAGCCAGUUUCCUCGCUGCUGCUGACACGCUCAAGGAGAGAGGGGCCUACAAGAUUUUUGUAAUGGCAACGCAUGGUUUACUGUCCUCAGAUGCUCCACGGCUAAUUGAGGAGUCUGCUAUAGAUGAGGUUGUCGUCACCAACACAAUUCCCCAUGAAAUCCAGAAGCUACAGUGCCCCAAAAUCAAGACAGUUGACAUCAGCAUGAUACUAUCAGAGGCAAUUCGCAGGAUUCACAAUGGGGAGUCCAUGUCAUAUCUUUUUAGAAAUAUAGGUGUGGAUGAUUAGUCCUGUUUGUUACGUGUUUUUUUAGGAAUAUACUAAGGGCCAAAACUGGAAUUGUACAGUGUACCUGUGCCGUACAAAUGCUUACCUUAAUAUUUCAACAAGGCCAAUUUUUAGGCUGAUCUGUCUUAUGGUUAGAUUCACCAAUUAAUUUGUUUUUUGUCGUCUUUUUUUUUUUAAUUUUAUUUUUUACUUUUGUUUUUGUUACAUGCACUAGUUCUAUAGUAUGCACAAUUUGGCACUGCAGCUGUAGUUGAAUUCUGUUUCCCAGCAUCCUCCACUCACGAGUUGGCCAUAGUUUUGCAAUCCAAAUAUUAGCUGGGCUGUCUGAGUACAGCUAUGUAUGAGCCCUACAGUAUUAAAAACAUGUAACCUCUACUGACACCCAGGCCAGUUGGCCAUCUUUGUCUGCAGGGGUUUCAUUCCCAGCAGAUAUUUUUUUUUCCUUUCAGUUAAAAUUACUGGUUUCUCCCACCAUCCACUACAAUGGAAAAAACUUGUCUUAUUUAAAGAAGUUGAAAAACCUAUAAUGCAAGGAACUGAUUUUGCAUUUUAGCUGUAAUCCAGCCACAGCUGUUGAGCCAAAUUUGUCAGUGGCCUACAGAUGACACUACAGUGCCCUGUUUUGUUUUGUUUUGUUUUUGUGGUCUAUUACAAUGUCAAGUUGAUUUAUAGUUUAUGUAUUUUUUUGAUUUAUAUGCAGCACCUCUGAUCUAUUUUUUUUUAUUAUUUAAUUUUUUUUGAUGGGCCUAAAAGCUUUGGCUCUGACACCAAAGCCAUUUACCGGUCGCACCUGUGGUGAGUACCACUAAGUCGUGCGUUGUGCACUUUUACCAAAUUAAAGAGCCACAGACCACAUUUUAACUUGCAACGGGAGAUUUUGUGAAAUUGCUCAAGAGUAUGAGUAGAGGAGGAGUUAGAAUUUAAGAUUUAAGUUUGUUUUAAGCUGGUUUAGGGGUUCAUUACUUGCCCACCACUGCCAACAAGAAGUGAUACACCCAAAGAGGUAGAAGAUUUUGGUGUAAGCUGCUAGUUACGCAGCUAUGGAGUGGUGGUAGCAAGAUCAGUUCAAAAUACUGCAGUGUGUGCGAAUCUUACAGCAGCUCACCAAAUCUCAGGCUUAGAUUAUGUAUUGUAAUGUUUAAUGUGCUUUGAUUUUUUUUUUUUUUUUUUUUUUAAAUAUUGCCCUUAAAGGGACUUUGUUGGAUAGCCAGAAUUUACACUGUUGGUGUAGAGCAUUGAAAAAAAUUAAAUAAUAAAUCUAUAUAAUUACUUGUAAUUUUUUGCUACCAAAAUAUAGAUCAAUUAUGUCUGACAUGUAUUCUACAUUUGUUGUGAGAAUGUUGCCCUUUUAUCAGGCCGAUCAUCAGGGAUACAGUCGGUGACCACUGGAGUGGUCACGAUUGACCAUCACUGGUGUAGAUCAAGUUAACGCUAGUUAUAUUUUUUAGCCCUGUAUUUUUUUUGUAUAAUUUUAAAUGCAACCCAGUUUGCAAAUUAUCCAUACUGCUUUGUAAUAUCUAGAUUACAUAUUUCUCCGAUUUGUUUGAAACCUACCAAUUUACGGAGUUUUUUGUUUUUUUCUUCAUGCUCUCCAUUGGCUCUGUAAAACCUGACUGUCAAUACCAGGGGAAGACAUCUCAAUGUUCACUUCCUGUCCCCCUAAAGGGUUAUGAAAUGUAUCAAGAGCCUAUGAAGCAUUGCUGAGCAGUGUAGUAUGUCUGGAUUUGUAUAUUGUAGGCUCCUUUUGCGGCAUUAAGGAUGAGGGGAAAAAAAGCUGAGGUUGACUCGUCCCAGCACUCUGAAGCAUUUGCUGAGGGACGGGUAACUGUACAGAAAGGGCAGCUCUGUGCCGCAUUUUAUGUGUGUGGGAGUCUUUGUAGUGACGCUUUAAUGUCGGGAAGCGUACAGAAAAUAUGCACUUGUAUUUAUUUUCUGCAAAAGAUAAGCUGGAAAAUGUAAUAAAAUAUUUGUUUUGUGUGA